ACUAUUUUAUACCUUCACAUUACCUUGUGAAUUGGUCACCGAUCGCUCUCAAAUAAAGUUUGUUGAAAAUCCCUUCUUCUAGUCCUUCCUGUUUGCAAAGAUGGAGGCAGAGGGAAUGUUGGCCCCGCUGUCACUCUCUGCUGAGUUUGAGGGGUCCUUUGCCUAUCUGACUGUGAGAGACAGACUCCCAACCAUACUCACAAAAGUGAUAGACACGUUACACCGCAAUAAAGACAAUUUCUUCAAAGAAUAUGGAAAGGAGGGGAUCCAGGCAGAGAAGACGGCCAUCUCCUUCCUGUCCAAGCUGAGGAAUGAACUGCAGACAGACAAACCUGUGCUGUCUCUGACUGAUAAUGCUGAGGACUCAGAGGCCUGGAAUGAAUACAUGCGAAGACAGCAGGACCUGAUGGAAGACGGGAGGCCUGUCAGCUGGUUCAAGUCACCAUGGCUCUAUGUGGAGUGUUACAUGUACCGGAGGAUCCAAGAGGCUCUGUAUAUGAAUCCACCGAUGGAUAAGUUUGACGUGUUUAAGGAGGGAAAGACGCAAAGCUUCUUUGAAUCUCAACAAGCCAUUAAAUCCCUCUGUACAUACCUUCAGGAGCUCAUCACUAACAUGGAGAACAUGACUGAGAUUCAGCUGCGAGACAACUUUCUCAAGUUACUCCAGGUCUCUCUGUGGGGAAACAAGUGUGAUCUGUCCAUCUCUGCCGGUCAGGACAACUCUCAAAAGUCCAGUCCCAUCGAUUCUCUUCCUGAUUUCCAGCGCUUCAUCCUAGUGGAUGACUCCAGCAUGGUUUGGUCAACGCUGGUUGCUGCUCAAGGAGCCGGAUCCUCUGGGAUGAAGCAUGCCAGAGUGGACAUUAUUUUAGACAAUGCUGGUUUUGAGCUCGUUACCGAUCUAGUCCUUGCUGACUUUCUUGUUUCUGCCGGACUAGCCAAGCAAAUCCGAUUUCAUGGCAAGUCCAUCCCGUGGUUUGUCUCAGACGUCACCAAACAAGACUUUGAGUGGACCAUCAUGCAGACCAUGGCAGCCAAUCACAAGUGGAUGUCAGCCAGCAGUGUCCAAUGGAAGCAUUUCAUGAAGGAGGGUACAUGGUCUUACCAUGACCACUUUUUUUGGACCUUACCCCAUGAGUUCUGUGACAUGGCGAUGGAUGCAGCUGAUCUCUACAGCACUCUCCAGGGCUCUGAUCUGAUUCUCUUCAAAGGAGACCUUAACUACCGGAAGCUUACUGGAGAUAGGAAAUGGGAGCACACGGUUCCGUUUGAUCAAGCGCUGAGGGGGUUCCAGCCUGCCCCUCUCUGCAGUCUCAGGACACUGAAGGCUGAUGUUCAGGUGGGCUUAAAGCCAGGCCAGGCCGAGAAGCUCAGCUCUCAGGAUCCAGACUGGAUGACUAAUGGCAGAUAUGCAGUGGUUCAGUUUUCCAGUCCAUGCAGAGAACAGUAGGGUCAUUUUUAAAGAAAAGAGAGUCCUCACUAAAGAGGAAAUUGCUGAGAAGAAAGAGAUGAAGGAAUAAAAUGCACUGAAGAUGCUGGUUUAGUUGCCAAUAUGCCAAACAAAUGUUUUGUUGUUUUAUCUUUGCUUGUAUAACAGUUGUUUCGGUUGGAAGCAAAUCACGUAGUGAAUCCUACCGAUUGUGCAUAUCAAACACUGAAAUUAAUCUUAACCUAAAUAAUGUCCUUGUUGACCAUCUCUUGAACACAGUAUAAGAUGUUCUGUUUGCACUGCUGAUCUGUAUUGUGUAGAAGUACAGUUACUUAAAAAUACAGAUGUAAACAUGGCAACAA